AUGCUCGCAUAUAUUUUGCAUGGCGUGCUCAAGCAGUGCGUUUCGGACACUUCCAGCCUGCCCAGCCUGCCAGAUGCCAAUCUGUUCCGAGAAGUAGCAUACCAGAUGGCACAGGCUGGUGCUGUCACCGAUCGGCUGCGCGUUGAAAAAUUGCAGAGCGCCAUGUCAGUUGGUGAGUUGUCAGAAAAACUCAGAGUGGCACAGGACCGGAUGGCUGAGAUCCAGAAUGCACUCGAGAUCGAGCGCCAGGAACGUGCUGUCGCAUCCGACACAAUCGAGGAUAUGGACCGCCGGCUAAGAAGCCUCAGGGCUGCAUAUGAUGACCUGUGCCACCAGUGCCUGAGGCAGCAGCAGAAACACACAGCAGCCAGCCGCACCCCGCACAGACCUCCACUUGCUGAGGAUGUGUACCCGAUGCAGAACAACUCUUACGAGGUUGGUGACUUGAUAGUUUGA